UCUGGCCACAGUCUCCGAUGGCAGCUGCAUGAUAAAUCCAGCGGCACUCUCCUCCUAUAUAUCCAUUGCUCAAAAGACCUUCUGACCAAAGAGGUGGUGGAGAAGACAAGCGAUCGCAAGGAUGAGGCCUUCGACGGCAGCGUCAACCGCCGGGCGAAUGCCCCAAAGGCUUGUCCUCGUUGCGUUCAUGGGGUGCCUGCUCAUGAUCAUCCCCUGCUUCUUCGCUGCAGUGUGGAAGCCAAAGUUGGACCCUCUCUCGUCUCCAAAUCUGCAGCUAUCCGUGACGACCAGCAUAAAAAUACAAGCCGUCCGAGAGAGUUCCAGCAUCUCCGAUCGGUCCGGUAGUGAAAUGGUGGUGAUGCCAAUUUCUGUCAAUGAGGAUGAAGCAGAGUUAACCAAUGAUACUGAGAUCAUAAGGAUGCCUCCUCCUGAAGAAGAGAAGGGAAGACUAAAUAUGACAUUCACAGAGGCUGAAUUCUCAAACUCAACCAUGGAUGAAGAGCAGAAGAAUAAUGAUAAUGGAAUUUACCCUACAACAAAUGUCAAAGAUGCAACAAAGCCUAAACAAGAAUUUAUCUUAGCAACAGGGAAACCAAAAGCAGAAGAAGGAACACAAGAAAUUACCUCACAGACUGAGGGAGUUGCAGAGAGCAAGAUAACCUGUGAUCUAUCCGAGCGUCGAUCCGAUACUUGUGUCAUGCAUGGUGAUGUGAGAGUUCUUGGAUACUCGUCUUCGAUCAUCUUGUCCAAAGCACCACAAGCAGAUGCUCCCGGAGAAGAGAAUACUUGGAAGAUCAGACCGUAUGCUAGAAAAUGGGAGUCCCCAUUGAUGGAAAUUAUCAGAGAACUCACCCUCAAAGAAUCCACAAAGCCAGCUGAUACCCCCCAGUGCGCAGUUCAUCACACGGUCCCUGCCAUCGUCUUCUCCACCGGCGGAUUCCUUGGCAACUUCUUCCAUGACUUCACUGAUGUGCUGAUCCCCCUCUUCACGACCGCACGUCAGUACAGAGGAGAAGCCCAGUUCUUGGUGACCAACUUCAACUACGGCUGGAUCAAGAAGUAUGAGCAGAUUCUACGACGGCUUUCGCAUUACCAAAUCAUCGAUCUGGAUCGAGACGGCAGGGUGCAUUGCUUUCGACAUGUUCAUGUCGGUCUCUUGAGCCACAAGGAGUUGAGCAUGGAUCCUGCCAAGUCUCCAAAUGGCUACUCCAUGGCAGACUUCAGGGAGUUCUUGAGGUCAUGCUUCUCUCUGAAGAGGAAGUCCGUCAGCGCCGGCAACAGGAAGCCGAGACUGCUGAUGAUCAACAGAAAGGGGCCGAGGUCCUUCACCAACAGAAGGGAAGUGGCGUCGCUGGCACGAAGCUUGGGCUACAAAGUGGUGGUCGCCGGCCCUGAGGAGACGAAGAACCUGUCGAGGUUUGCACGCGUGGUCAACUCCUGCGACGUGAUGAUGGGCGUGCACGGCGCAGGGCUGACCAACAUGCUCUUCCUGCCCACCGACGCAGCGCUGGUGCAGGUAAUCCCAUGGGGCGGGUUGAAGUACGCCUGCGGCCAUGACUUCGGAGAGCCUGCACCGGACAUGGGACUCAGGUACUUGGAGUAUGAGAUCAAAGAAGGGGAGAGCUCACUGAUGCGGCAGUACCCGAGAAGCCAUCCAGUGUUCACAGAUCCUCUUUCGAUUCACAAACAAGGUUGGAAUGUCCUCUGGUCCGUCUUCCUCAACAAACAGAGUGUGAGGCUCGAUGUCAGAAGGUUCAAAGGCGUCCUGCAAGAAGCCAUGAACGCACUGCCUCAUUAGGAGGAAGUCGGUGUUCCACUCAGGUUGAUUUGAUUCUAUUCUUCAUCGAUGAAUAUAGAACAUUGUUUAUCGAAUACAUUGAAUUGAGGAGCAGCAA